AUGGAACUGGACAACCGACGGAAGGCCUACCGGAUCGUCUCCUACUCGGCUGUAACCUUUGCGGUAUUCGCUGUGCUGUCGUUAAGUAUAACGAUGCCAAUGGUUUACACUUAUGUGAAUCAUGUGAAGCGGAGCAUGACUCACGAGAUCCGUAACUGCAAGAGCACCGCUACCAACAUCUUGGAAGAAGUCUCACACAUUAGCAGCUUCCCUGCAAACAGAACAGUCCGUCAGACGGGUUACGAACAAGACGGACCAGCUCCCAGUACUUCCACUGGACCAGCUCCCACUCCUUCCAGUUCCUCCAGUGGCGGAGACAGCAGAUGCAGCGGCUGUUGUAGCCCUGGACCUCCAGGAGUGGCAGGAGAACCAGGACGACCAGGAAAAUCUGGUAAACAUGGAGCCCCAGGAAUGCCAGGAAAUCCCGGCAAGCCGCUGGGUGUUUCUUGCGAGCAGCCGACUCUACCACCAUGCAAACCAUGUCCAGCCGGACCUCCUGGUUUGAAGGGACGCAAAGGAUACCCUGGUCCAGCAGGUGCUCAAGGAGCACGAGGAGCACCCGGUCUGCCAGGACUACCCGGUGAGCCAGGACCAAAGGGACCACCCGGACCUGAUGGUGGUAUGGGUCAAUGCGGUAAAGUAGGAGACAAGGGACAAGAUGCCUACGCUGUUCCCGACAUACCAGGAGAACCAGGAAGCCGUGGACCACCUGGACCACGAGGACCUCCAGGAUUGGAAGGAUUCCCAGGAAAGGAUGGUCCUAUGGUGCUUAGUGCGUCAAAAAUUGCUUUAGGUAAAAUGGGACCAGCUGGACCUGCCGGACCAAAAGGAUUGCCUGGUCUUCCAGGUAAACCCGGAAAAAGCGGAAAACACGGAAAGAAAGGAAAGGAUGGAGAACGAGGCAUUUGCCCGAAAUACUGUGCAAUGGAUGGCGGUAUCUUCUUUGAGGACGGCAGCACUCGCUAG